UGACGUCAGUGACGGCUGCUGAUUGGUCCUCAGCCGUAUCCGGUGGGGCAGCGGUCCAGGGCUCGGGAAAAAAAAAUCGAAGCGAGGAGGAUCCUGUAACGGUUCGCUUUGAGAAAUAUCACCCGUCCCGAGUCGCUAUCGAAGGGCUCGGCAGGAAUUUACACUUUCUUUAAAAAGGUUAAAGGUCGCAGAGCAGGGUUGUGGUCGUCGUCAUGGCAUCUGGAAGUACGAGCAGCGAGGAGGAGCGGAGCCUGAGGGAGUGUGAGCAGUACGUGCAGAAACACAACAUCCAACAGCUGCUGAAGGACUGCAUUGUCCAGCUGUGCACCUCCAGGCCGGACAGGCCCAUGGCCUUCCUCAGGGAGUACUUUGAGAGGCUGGAGAAGGAGGAGACCAAGCAGAUCCAGAACCAGCAGAAGGCCAGCAGUUCCCGCUCGGACUCGCGCGAUGAGGAGGUGUCUCCGCCCAUGAACCCGGUGGUAAAGGGUCGCCGGCGGAGAGGAGCCUUCAGCGCAGAGGUCUACACGGAGGAGGACGCCGCCUCGUAUGUCAGAAAGGUCAUUCCAAAGGACUACAAGACGAUGGCCGCCUUGGCCAAAGCCAUUGAAAAGAACGUGCUCUUCUCACACCUUGACGACAACGAGAGGAGUGACAUAUUUGAUGCCAUGUUUCCAGUCACCUACAUCGCCGGGGAAACGGUGAUUUUGCAGGGUGACGAAGGUGACAACUUCUACGUCAUCGACCAGGGGGAGAUGGAUGUGUACGUGAACAACGAAUGGGUGACCAGCAUCGGGGAGGGGGGCAGCUUCGGGGAGCUGGCGCUGAUCUACGGCACCCCGAGGGCGGCCACGGUUCGGGCCAAGACCAACGUCAAGCUGUGGGGCAUCGACAGAGACAGCUACAGGAGGAUCCUCAUGGGAAGCACUUUGAGGAAGAGGAAGAUGUACGAGGAAUUCCUCCGGAAAGUGUCCAUUUUGGAGUCUCUUGACAAAUGGGAGCGUCUGACAGUGGCUGAUGCCUUGGAGCCCGUCCAGUUUGAGGACGGGCAGAAGAUCGUGGUGCAGGGAGAGCCAGGGGACGAGUUCUUCAUCAUCUUGGAGGGUUCUGCAGCAGUGUUGCAGCGUCGCUCAGAGAAUGAGGAGUUUGUCGAGGUGGGCCGAUUAGGACCCUCUGACUACUUUGGUGAGAUCGCUCUGCUGAUGAACCGCCCCCGCGCCGCCACCGUGGUCGCCCGCGGCCCCCUGAAGUGCGUCAAGCUGGACCGGCCUCGCUUCGAGCGCGUCCUGGGACCCUGUUCGGACAUUCUCAAGCGUAACAUCCAACAGUACAACAGCUUCGUCUCGCUGUCCGUCUGAAGGGUCCCUCCCCCCACUCACCCUCCCCCCCUCGUCUGCCCCCCCACCCCCCCCCCCCCUCCUCCCUCCUUUUAAACCUAGGGUCCACCAAUGCAAUUUGCUUUCUUUGGUCACUUUUGGUUCCGUUGUGUUGUUUGAACACACAGAGGUGGUUCGGCUUCCCUGUAGGCGCGCCCCCUUCACACCGUACCUGUGUUGCAUUUUGUAUUUGCUGGUCACGCUUUGUUUGUUUUUUUUAGACUUAAGGCGCAAAGCGGGAUUGUUUGGGAGAACUGAAAAGACAUUAAGUUCUCUCCGACUGACGAGACGGGACAAUCAAACUUUACGUGGCGCUUUUUGGUGAAUUUGUUGCAGAGGUUUAUGUUGAGGGUUGAAGAAAGGAGGGGGGGGGGGGGGGGGGGGAGAGAGGGGUCGCGACCUCUUCACUUUGAAAUCGUAGGAUCAGAUUUUAGCAGACGUUUUUAAGGUUUUAGCUACACGGCGGCGUUGAUUGGCACCACGGGUCUGAGGAGCGCUCGGCUGCAGGUUCCUGUUUUAUCGAGCAGCUCGUGCCAAAAUGUUUGUCAUUGUCACAGCGCGAAGACGCGUCGCCCCGGAAACGCAAUUCGGAAACAGUCAUAUUUUCCCCUUAGUGUCCUCUUAAUCUGUAGAACUGCCUUGACUACUCUGAGGGGGGGGGGGGGGAAAUAAGGGAAAACGAAAGAAGGAAAAAAAACCAAACAAGAGUAUUAUAAGUGUAUUUCAGUAUUCCAUUUUUAUUUUUAGUAUAUGCCAAAUCAUUUGGUCACUCUUCUGCUAUGGUUUGUAUUCCAAAUGUUCUAGUAUAGUUAAAACAAUCCUAGUUAUAUUAUUCUCGAUGACUAAAUGAUGAACUUAUGGUUUUGGAGCUUACAGAAAUAUGUUUAACUGUCUUUUGUAAACACUUAUUUUUCCAUAAAUUCUAUUUUAGGUGUCCAGUGCCACAAAGUAAAUAAAUGCUCCUUCUUGUCAACUGACAAAAAACAGUAUGUAAUCGUAUGUGUAAAACGUUAUGGGUUAAAAAAUUUAAAAAAAAUAAUAGAUCAAAUGGGUAAUUCCAGGUUUAUUGAAGUGACGUCUUGGGGGGAAAAAAACAAACAAGAAGGUUUAUGAAUUUCAGGACACCUGAAGUAUUUAUGUAUUAAAGCGUCACAGGCGAGUGAGCAGAUAUUUAUUUAAAACUAGUGUCAUUGCUUCUUCUUGCCUGUUGAGAAGGUGUCUUUUCACCAGAGUAGCUUGUGAUCUGUUCUCCUUGCUUACUUGGCAUGAUGUUUUAGGCAUCCAGUGAUCCGGUAUGAAUGGAAGCGUGGAUUUAGAAAAAUGAAAAAAAGAAGAAAAAAAACAAACUGCAGCGGCGUUGCAGAAGCAGGAACUUUGUCAGAUAUUUGGUUUGUUUCUCCCCAGCUUUACUGCUUCAUGACUCGUUUAGAUGGCAUACAAUCUUUUUUCUCUCUGUGUGUGUGUGUGUGUGUGUGUGUGUGUGUGUGUGUGUUCUUUUUUUUGUUUUAAAGAUCUUUACCAAAACACAAAAUGUUGACUUCUGGAUUAUAGGCUCAACUCUUCAUUCCUGCCUCACCUGUCUGUUAACCAGAAACGACAUAGAACCAGUGGUGUGUUUGGCUCUGGUCUCCUUCAGAGCACGGCGUCGCGCUGGGAAUCCAGAUGUUUGUGUGUUUGUGCGUCCAAAAUGACCCAAGGGCAGCCAGGUCAGUGAGAACCCGGUCUCUUCAUCUCCAUCUGACCCGCGUCCCGACCCACAGGAAGUGACUCGGAUGGUUUCGACCCACGUUUUGUUGAAUUCUUUUUUUUUUUUUCCUCUCUUUUUGUAAAUAGCAGCAUCAUGGGGUUUUCUUUCAGCUGUUUAGCCACACUGCAGUCGUCCCGGUUUGCCUUAGCUUACCUAAACCUGGGCUCACGGUAGUCGUCAGUCCGACCUUCAGCGCAGAGAGCUGCGGGCCGUCAGAGGACCAUUCUUUUUCUAUUCUACCCCGUAUUCAGUUCCACCUCCUGUGUGUGCAAAGAUGUUUAUCCUUUUGGUAUAGAUUGUUCCGGAUGGCAGUUUAAGCAAUAAAAAAGUAAAAAAUGAA